GAUAAUUGUACAGCCGGUCUUGAUAUGGCGACUCGAGACUCGAGCGGCGAAACCGUAGGGUCUGUCACCUUCGAUAGCUCAUUCACGAACAUGAAAAUCGCAUUUAAUAUAUCGCGCUACGCAAAGUAUCAACCGACGACAGACGGCAGUCUUGCGAUUGAGAACGUCUCCUUGAAGAACGUAUCUAGAGCUAUCCAAUUCGGCCCAACCAAAAGCGCCCUACUUGCCGGAACCACAGGGUCAACGACAAUUGCUAGCUGGGUAAGCGGUAAUGUGUACAGUCCUACAAGCCCCGAGACCACCGCCGGCUCGAUUACCCCACCUACUCGCCCGAGCCUUCUCGUGAGCAACGACAGAUUUCAUGAGCGGUCGAAAUUUUCAUAUGCCAAUCUCGCUGUGUCGUCUUUUUCUUCUCUUCGAACUAGUGGUGCUAAAGGUGACGGUACGAUUGAUGAUACCGCAGCUCUACAGCGCGUCACAACCGCGGCUGCUAGUCAUCAUGGGGGCUCCGUGUUAGCACUAGCAAGAGCGUACUUGUUUGUAUAUGGUGCGGGGUAAGUCAACUUCUUAAGUCUUGUGACGCGAAAAGUCCAACUUGAUUGCUAGGAACAGUUAGCUAAUUUACCGCAGCUUAUAUUCGUUCUCUAGUAAC